GAGGUUAACCUAUAUCAUUGAGGACAUUGAGGUGCGAUUUUUCUCUAGAUUAUUACUGAAAUUUUCUUAUUGAAAAAUAUGCAGUCUGUGAGAUUUUGUUUGCAUCAAUGCGUCAGACGAAGUCCAUCUCUCAGUACAGCUUCCCUGAGAACUGAGCAGAAAUACUCCACAGCACCCGGAACCGCAAGUGCGUCACCAAUAGAAAAUUUAACUAUACCGCCACCUUCAAACGCAGAUAAACCAGCAUCAGAAAAAAUUGAGAAGCUAUUCAACGAUAUCUCAAAAUUAAACCUUUUAGAAGUUUGUGAAUUGAGUGACCUCUUGAAAAAACGAUUGAACCUCUCAGAUAUAAGCGCUGUUCAAGUGGCGGGUCCUGCAGCAGCUUCUGUUGAUGAGGAGGAUGUAGUUCCUAUAAAGGCCAAAUCUAGUUUCACUAUAAAAUUGAUGAAAUUUGAGGAGAAACAAAAAGUGGCUCUAAUCAAAGAAAUCAAGGGUAUUAUGGAAGGAAUGAAUUUGGUGCAAGCUAAAAAGUUUGUUGAAUCUGCACCAGCAGUCGUGAAGGCUGAUAUUGCUAAGGAUGAAGCAGAUAAAUUGAAAGAAGCAAUAGAGAAAGUGGGCGGUGUUGUAGCAGUAGAAUAAAUAGUUUUAUGAGCAGUAAUAAAUUUAGUUAAAUAUGAAAA